GCCACUGACAAGUUGGUCCUACAUCCACCAGUACACUUCCCUACUCCGUAGUUGUACACAGUGGUCAAUUGAUUUUUGCUUAUACAUAGAAAACGAACAAACACAAAGGACUAGGGGCGGAUCACGUUGUGACUGCAGAGUGCUUCUCUCAAAACUCAAAAGUGGAGGCGUGUUCAAGUGUGUAUGCAUCUGAACACGGAGACAGAGCUCACAGUCCCAGAGACACAGAGCUGAAGCAGAAGGCUAGAAGGCGCGAACCUUCCUUGACCAAAACAGAGAAUCCCGACUGUGCCAGCACAAGCUUGUGAUCAUGGUGAAGGAAGAGGAGAUCAUCACGGAGGCAGGAGGGCGAGGCUACAUGGACAUGCUUGGCCUCGGAGAGGACUACUUCAAGUGCCUGUCUCCUUCCUCCUACUUCUUUUCCAGUGUCAUCUCUACCACGGCCACCAGUGCCACUCCUGUUGCUUCGUCGUCUCCUACCUGCGCCUCCUACCUGGACCUGGCUCCUCCUUAUCACCGCAUGCUAAGUUUCACUGGCCAAGAGCAGGUCCAUGGUGCUGAUGGCCUCUUUGGUUUCCAGUACUAUGGUGGUGAUCACGCGAUUCCAGUGGCUGUUCCGCAGAAGUCCAGCCCAACCACCGAGUGCUCGUCCUCCAUCUCCUACAUGUCGUCCUCGCCGACUGCGACUGCCAUCUCGGCCAUCUCCAGCCCUAAGCCACAGGCCUUCAAGAAGAAGGGAUCAAGAGGCGGUGAUCAGAGAAAGGCUGCGCCUGCUGCUGCUACGAACAAGAGGCCCAGGGUGAGUAGGGAGAGGCUCGGGGAGAGGAUCAUCGCUCUGCAGCAGCUGGUUUCUCCAUUCGGAAAGUCUGAUACGGCUUCCGUUCUGCACGAGGCGCUCGGCUACAUACGCUUCCUGCACGACCAGGUUCAGGUCCUGAGCUCGCCGUACAUGCAGCGCCUGCCGCCCUCUGCGCACGUCCCGGUGCAGGAGAGCGCGGCGGGAGUGGUGGUGGAGCCGCCGCGGCCGAGCGACCUGAGGAGCCGGGGGCUGUGCCUGGUGCCGAUCUCGUGCACGGAGCACGUCGCCGGGAACGGCAACGGAGCGGACAUCUGGUCUGUGGCGGUGGGGAUGGCGAAGGCGACGGCAGCCGCGGAGAACAAGAGGACCGCAGCAAUGCUGCCUUAUGGUCACCACCCCGGGCAUUUGGCCUAGUUGACUGCAACACAAAUCCUUAACGGACUAUGUGGGGUUAAGCUUUGACUAGGCUCUUUUGUGGUUAAUCAGUUCAAGUACUUCAUCUCCUUUUGCUUGAACUUUUGGGAGGGGCUGCCGCUGCUUUGGUGGAAAGGGGUUCAGGGAUCCAUAUUCCACAGAUCACAUCAGACAGAAAAUUCAAGUGUGUAUAUGGAGGCGGUUUUCUUUUUGCCGCUCUAGCUUAGGAAGACACUGAUGUGAGGAUUGCGAGAUACUUGGCACGAAUGUUUCUGCACUGUCACGUGUCACGACAGGCAUUGAAUUUCACUAGCGCCGAUGAUGCUUGCGGUGGCAGCUUCGAUAUCUGUUGCUUG